AUGGUUCUCGAGGAGAGUGAGCAGAAAUGCCUCAGUGAUUUGAGGAGGAAACGGGGGGUCAUAAAGGCAUCUCUUACUCGUGUCAGAACCUUUGUCGACAAAUUUAACCCAAAAGAGGAUCCGGUUACUUUAUUAAAAUUUCGGCAAGAAGAGCUACCGCAAAUCAAUCGCAAGUUUGACGAGAUACAGUGCGAAAUCGAGUUGAUUGACGUAGAUGGAUCUGACGAAGAGGCAAUCGAGAGAGAGGAAUUUGAGAAUGCAUAUUUCUCUAUUCGUUCGCAAAUGCAGCAGAUCAUAAAUGCAGAUAAGAGUCAAAACACUUCAAUGAACAACAAUUCGAUCAAUACGACAACUGUGCACUCGCAUAAGGUGCAUUUGCCCCCCAUCUCACUACCAAGUUUUGAUGGCAACAUACAGGAAUGGGAAUCAUUUUUUGACUGCUUUAAGGUAAUUAUACACGACGAUGACAGUUAUCCAGCAGCACAAAAGUUCUCCUACCUUAGGUCUACCCUGAGUGGACAAGCACUGGAUGUUAUCAAGGGAAUACCGAUAACUGAAAAUAACUAUGAAAUGGCAGUCAAAAGGUUACAACAACGUUAUGACAACAAGAGCCUAGUAAUACAGUCCCACAUCCGUGCAAUUUUAGACUGCAACAAAAUAGAAUCAACUUCCGGAUUGCAUCUACAGGCUUUACAUUCCAACGUCUCAGCACAUGUAGUUGCACUUGAAGCAUUGGGGCAACCUAUUCAGCAUUGGGAUGCGUGGCUCGUGACUAUUGUCUUGAGAAAAUUAGAUCAAAAAACGAGUCAAGAUUGGCAGCUUCGGCGCACGAAUACGGAUCUGCCAAGGUAUGCAGAAUUAGAAAACUUCCUGUCCAACCGGUGUGUUGCCUUGGAAGGUUCCGAAAUAUUAGCUAAGGACUUCGAUGCAUAUAAAAAUAGCCAGUCAUCAACUUCACCACAGUCGAAAAAGUCCUACCACCACAACAGCGCAAGAAAAGGUCUUUUUACGUCUACUGAUAGACGAGUAAAGUGUGCAUGUUGCUCUAGAGAGCACAAAUUAUAUGCAUGCAAUAGAUUCAAGGAGCUAACCAUAGGGGAACGUGUGACAUUGAUAAGGGACUCAAGAUUAUGUUUUAAUUGUUUAUGUUCAAGCCAUAUGGCAAAUGUGUGUUCGUCCACAUUUAAUUGCCGUAUAUGCAAACGUAGGCAUAACACGUUAUUGCAUUUUGAGAAAUCAACGGACCCAACGCAAAGGGUUGAGAUUCAGACACCACAGGUAGGUGCCAAUAGCCAAAACGUUGGGUCACAAGAACCAAACAUUUCAGCAGCUGCUUCGUUAUUAGCUGGCUCGGAACAAGGGUAUGUGUUUUUAUCUACUGCGAUCAUAUUAACUGUGGACAGGCUUGGGAAACAGAAACAAUGCAGGGCAGUUUUGGAUAGCGGAUCCCAGGUCAAUUUUAUUUCUGGAAGUUUAGCAAACAGAUUGCAAUUACGAUCCCAAAGGGCUGCAUUACCGGUAAGCGGUAUUGGGGAAAGUCGUGUCCAAGCGUUAUCGUAUGUAGAGGUUUCAAUUCAGUCGAGACUGCGAGACUAUAGAGCUAAGCUAGUUUGCUACGUACUCCCAACAAUUGUCAGUAACCUACCAUCGUGCCCGACCCCCGCACAAGGUUGGCAGAUUCCAGACGAUCUUGUACUCAAACUAGCAGACCCAUCCUUCAAUAAUCCUGGGACCGUCGACAUAUUGAUCGGUGGAGGAGUAUUUUUUGACGUCACUUCGACAUGCACAGAACGAAUCCCACUUAAUGUGAAAAAUAUAUUUUUAAACGAUAGUCAAUUUGAAUGGUUGGUUACGGGCGAGCUUGGAGCCGUGUGUUUAGCAGGUAUUCAUUCAGUAGGGGAAACGCUUGAAGAAAAUUGGAGAGUGUCAAUCGGAAAGGAGGACUCAAACUUUGGGCGUUUAUCAAAGGCAAAUGAACGCUCAUCGGAAGAAAAGCAAACUAUGGAGCAGUUCAAACAAACAACCGUGCGAGAUGAGGACGGUCGAUUUGUUGUUCAAUUACCCAAAAAAUCAACAGUAAACGAAUUAGGAGCAACAUUGUCGAUGGCGACUUCACGUUUUCUUAGUGUAGAAAGAAGACUUCAACGAGAUGAAGCAUUAAGAGCAGAAUAUUUGAAGUUUAUGAAUGAGUACAUAGCUUUGGGACAUAUGAAGGAAGUGGUCAAUGAGAGUUCCGUACCAAAAACUACCUUUUACCUGCCACAUCAUGCAGUCAUAAAGACGUCAAGUCUCACAACCAAAGUAAGGGUUGUAUUUGAUGCAUCUGCAAAGAGCUCCUCGGAUGUUUCGACAAAUACAGAUUGCAAACGAAGAACGGACCUGCAGCGAAUUUUAUGGCGACCAAGUCCAAAUGAAGUGUUACGAACAUACCAGCUGACAACGGUGACAUAUGGAACAACGCCUGCCUCAUUCCUAGCUACUCAAUGUUUGGUAUCGCUUGGGGAAGAGAAAAAACAGCAACAGCCAGCAGCAGCAAACGCGAUCCUGCUUGAUUUUUACAUGGAUGAUUUGAUGACAGGGCUGCCACUGAGAAAGUGGUGUUCAAACUCUCCAACUGUCUUAACCCAAAAGGGAAAGCGUGAAGGAGACCCACUUUUUACAUUGGAGAUUGGAGAUAACGAUACAGUCAAGUCCCUAGGUCUGGAGUGGAAGCCAUUUGCGGAUCAGUUCCAGUUUACUCUCAAUACUACAACAAGGAAGGAUAAAUUGACCAAGCGAAUCGUAUUAUCAGAUCUGAACAAGAUAUUUGACCCACUAGGUUUUCUAUCGCCUGUGUUAAUUAGAGGCAAGAUAUUCCUUCAGCAGAUAUGGGCUGCAAACAUGGAUUGGGACAGAGAAUUGCAACCCAACAUGCGGGACAAGUGGCUUAAUUUUUAUCACAAUCUUAAUGAACUGAAGACCUGUGCUAUACCAAGAAAAGUAAAACCCAGUCCCACGCAACGAGUUGAGAUCCAUGGGUUUUGUGACGCAUCAGAAGUCGCAUAUGGUGCCUGUAUAUACGUGCGGUCAAUGGAUAAAAAUGGUGUAUGGCAUUCAAGACUUUUAUGUGCCAAAACACGGGUAGCUCCACUAAAGGGGGCUACUAUUCCUCGGUUGGAACUCAAUGGGGUCCUGUUGCUAGCCGACUUAGCCCAAACGGUCGCCGAGUCUUGGGAGAUGGACGCUAAAGAUUUUAGACUAUGGACGGAUUCAAUGAUUGUGUUAACAUGGCUCAAUAGUCAAACAAGCCGCCUAAAAUCUUAUGUGAUGAACCGGGUGAACCAGAUAUUGGAACUGACUGAAGUGGUACAAUGGAGGCAUGUGCGCACCCAUGAUAACCCUGCUGAUGUGACAUCCAGAGGGAUAGGUGCAGCUGAGUUAGUGAGAGCCGAAACUUGGUGGUAUGGUCCUAAGUGGCUAGAGAAGGAGGAAUUGGAGUGGUACUCGCAACCCACACUAGGCAAAGGGGAAGAAGAGGUGCUGGAAACUCGAAAAAUGAAACUGGCGUUAAUGGUAACCAAUCCAGCCGUUCAAAGCAUAAUAAGCAAAUACUCGGAAUGGAACGCAAUGCUACGAGGGCUCUCCUGGAUAAUAUCAGAGCUAAGAGAAGCUGAAAUGGUGAUAUUAAAGGCUGUUCAACAGGAGUGCUUCCGCAAAGAAAUUAUAGCGUUGGAAAAAGGGCAACAAGUACCAAAGAACAGUAAGCUGAGGUGCUUAAACCCAUAUAUGAGUAAUGGGUUGAUACGUGUAGGUGGAAGGUUGGAAAAUACAAACAUUGAUGAAACCCGCAAGCAUCCAAUUGUAUUACCUUCCUCACACAAAAUCACCUUGAUGAUAUUCGAAUCCCAUCAUAGAGAACUUCUUCACGCUGGACCCCAAUUAUUACUAUCAGAAGUGAGACGACAGUAUUGGCCUCUACUGGGCAGAGUGAAUGCACGAUCCGUGGUGCGGCGAUGCGUAAAAUGCACAAGGGCUUGCCCACGAUUCGACCAACCGUUAAUGGCGGCCCUACCAAAGGAUCGGGUUCAAUGUGCGAGGCCAUUUACAGUCACUGGAAUUGAUUUUGCCGGUCCUAUCUAUGUGCGUAGUGGCUUAAGAAGAGUCCCUGCAUUCAUCUGCUUCUCCACAAAGGCUAUACACCUGGAACUCGCAGAGGAUCUUUCUAGUUCGUCCUUCUUGGCCAUUCUACGUUGUUUCAUGGCCCGGCGAGGCAAGUGCGCAAAAAUCUACUCUGACAAUGGCACAAAUUUUGUAGGUGCCCAGAAGAUGUUGGUUUCAAUGAUGAAGGGUGCCAGUGAUAAAUUCAUCAAGGAGGGAAUUGAAUGGCACUUCAAUCCUCCAUCAGCACCGCAUUUUGGCGGGCUUUGGGAAAGUGCCGUAAGAAGCACUAAACAUCACCUGAAACGAGUGAUGGGGGAACAUAAGCUAACUAGUACAGAGUUACGGACACUGCUUUGCCAAAUAGAAGCUUGCUUGAAUUCAAGGCCUAUUACUCCACUUAGCAGCGAUCCAUCAGACCUGGAAGCUUUGACGCCCGCUCAUUUUUUGAUUGGCGGCCCAGUUAGUUGGAGAUUGAAUCAGCUUCGCCCUAUGUUCUCAGUAGGAGAAAACUCAUAA